AUGACCCAAAGUAACAUGGAAAUGGGGGUUGUCUUCCUCACUCGGAUUGCAGUAGGGCUCCUGGGGAACUCCACUCUCCUUUGCCUUUACAGUUACACCCUGCUCACUGGACAGAAGGUGAGGCUCACAGACCCCAUCCUCCACCAUCUGGUCUUGGCCAACAACUUGGUUAUUUUAUCCACUGGGAUCCCUCAGACAAUGGCAGGUUUUGGAUGGAAGAACUUCCUGGAUGAUUCAGGAUGUAAAGUUAUUUUGUAUUUAUCCAGAGUAGCCAGAGGGGUUUCUCUUAACACCACCUGUCUUCUCAGUGGCUUCCAGGUCACAAAACUUUGCACUAAAAAUUCUUGGUGGAAGACCAGCACAAGAUUCCACAAAUACUUUGGUGUCUGUGGCUGUCUUUUCUGGAUCCUGCAGCUCCUGGUAAAUGUUUAUGUGCCUCUGAGAGUGAUUGGCCCAAGAGACAAACAAAAUAUAACUCUGCACAUGCAUUAUAGAUACUGCUCCACACACCCACCACAACUGCUUAAAACAUUAUUGCUUCUAGUCCUAUUCUCGUCCAUUGAUGUUGUAUGCUUGGUUUUCAUGAUCUGGGCCAGUGGCUCCAUGGUCCUUGUCCUGCACAGACACAAAGAGAGGGUCCGACACAUCCAUAGCCACAUUCCCUCCCGAAGACCUGACCAUGAGACCAGGGCCACGCGCACCAUCCUGACCCUGGUGAGCAUGUUCGUCUCCUUCUACUGCCUGUCUGCCAUUUUCACACUUUGUGUUGGUCUAAAUAGGAAGCCAGAGCUAUGGAUGAUGGAUUCUGCUGUGUUCCUGAGUUCAGGUUUCUCAGUACUGAGCCCCUUUGUGCUCAUCAGCAAUGAUACCCGUGUCACUCAGGUGUUCUAUUUCUGCACUAAAAAAUCAUUCUUGUAA